AAGAAAACAAACCCCGAAUCCGUUCCUGUUCAGGUUAAGCAUGGCGGCUACAGGAGCCGGGUCCCCGAGCCGGCUGGUCCAGUAUGUGGUUGUCCGCUCGGAUCUGGUUCACAAGCUAUCCUGGCCCCUAGGUGCCGUUAUAACUCAGGCCUGUCAUGCUGCCACCGCCGCCAUUCACCUUCACUACGGGGACGCGGAAACACAGCAGUACCUGGCGGAGCUGGACUCCAUGCAUAAAGUGGUGCUAGGGGCUCCAGACGAGGCCGCCCUCUCUAGUCUAUCAGAGAACCUAACACAGGCCGGUGUGGCUCACAAGCUUUGGAUCGAACAGCCAGAGAACAUCCCCACCUGCUUGGCUCUGAAGCCAUGUCCAAAAGAGACCGUCCAGCCGCUGCUCCGCAAGUUCAAACUCUUCAAAUGACGGCAUUAAAAGACAUUGUUCAUAUCUGAAGUUACAGUGCAUGUCAGCGGUGAGGAGGAGGCUUCAGUAUCUAAUUUCAUCUAUGAAAGGACGACAUCUGAAAGUUGUGCUCCUCUUCUCAGUGAAUCCUAUAAUCAAGUUUAAAGUUGGUAAAUACAAAGUCUUUUCUGGAUUAAGUUCUGCGGCCAUGUGUUCAGGAUGUCACUGUAUUAGGAGUGAACUCUGAUAAUAUAGUGACAAAAAUGGAUUUGUUGUUUACAUGAAGUAAAUAAAUCAUACUCUUAUCUUUUAUUUUAUUUUGUUUGCACACAUAAAAUUGCAAUAAAGUCCAGAGAAUGAAAAAACAA